AUGGUUGUCGGUCCUAUUACAAUAAUGAACGCAACCACAAAGUUUAGUGAUAACUAUGAUGUCAAAGAAGAGCUCGGAAAGGGAGCUUUCUCUGUUGUUCGGAGAUGUGUGCAUAAAACCCUCCAAGUGGAAUACGCGGCUAAAAUCAUAAAUACCAAGAAGUUAUCAGCCAGAGAUUUCGCCAAGCUGGAACGCGAAGCUCGCAUCUGCCGAAAAUUGCAACACCCUAAUAUUGUUCGUUUACAUGAUAGUAUUCAAGAAGAAUCCUACCACUAUUUGAUAUUUGAUCUCGUUACCGGUGGAGAACUGUUUGAAGAUAUCGUAGCUCGAGAAUUUUAUAGUGAAGCCGAUGCCAGUCAUUGUAUACAGCAGAUUCUGGAAUCGAUCGCUUACUGUCAUCAGAAUUGUAUUGUACAUCGCGAUCUCAAGCCUGAAAACCUAUUGUUAGCUAGUAAAGCCAAAGGUGCUGCUGUUAAACUUGCCGAUUUUGGACUUGCAAUUGAAGUUAGCCAGGACACAGAAGCCUGGUUUGGUUUUGCUGGAACUCCGGGAUAUUUAUCUCCUGAAGUUCUGAAAAAAGACCCUUAUGGAAAACCUGUUGAUAUUUGGGCUUGUGGAGUGAUUCUUUAUAUCUUAUUGGUUGGUUACCCUCCAUUCUGGGAUGAAGACCAGCAUCGUCUUUAUGCUCAAAUUAAAGCUGGAGCCUAUGACUAUCCUAGCCCUGAAUGGGAUACCGUUACUCCUGAGGCGAAAAGUCUUAUCGAUAGUAUGCUGACAGUCAAUCCCAAAAAGAGAAUCACUGCCGAACAGGCCCUGCGAUUGCCAUGGAUUUGCAACCGUGAACGUGUUGCCUCUGCUAUGCACAGACAAGAUACAGUUGACUGCUUGAAGAAGUUCAAUGCUCGUCGUAAGCUCAAGGGUGCUAUCCUCACCACCAUGAUUGUAAACCGCAACAUGUCGAGUAAGUUCACUUCUACUUCAUCUGGAACUCUUGGAUCAGAAGGUAGGUGUAGUUGA